AUGAUCGGUGGGAUGGGUGAUCUUCACCUGGAGGUAGUCCUUUCGCGUUUGCGUCGCGAGUACAAGCUAGAUGUUGCCAUGGGUCCUCUCUUGACAACUUACAAGGAGAUGCCCUUUGCUGCUGAUCUCAAUGGCCCGCAGACCCAUAUCAAGGGGGGAUCAGCGAGGACAGCUGUCGUUAAAACUGGACAGGUUGCCUCCAGAUCGCGUUCCCUACGCAUAGAGGUCUCAGUAGAAGCUGGCAGCGGCGGUGGAGGAGGAGGUGCAGAUCCUUCGGACAAGCCACGGGUACCUACCUCCUUGAGCUGCAUAUGA